UCACUGUUGUGCGCCGGAGCCGCGGAGUGCCCUCUGGAAGGCACCGCAGUGUCACAGCAAUAAGAGGGCACUGAUUAGGGGGGUCAGGGCGGGCAGACAUGUCGGUCAAUCCAGUAGACUCGCAGCUCCGGCAGCAACAGCUGAGAGCGCUCCGCAGGAAAUGGCUGAAGGAUCAGGAGCUGAGCCCUCGGGAGCCCGUCCUGCCCGAGAAGAAGCUGAAUGCGGUGGACAGGUUCUGGGCCAGCUUUCUGCAGAAGAACUCUGUGUGGAGGAGAUACACCUUCAGGACGUAUAAUCUUGGUGUCCAAGCAGUGACCAGAGUUCUGAUCCCAGCCUGGAUCAUUCAUUACUUUGUGAAGUACCACAUGGAGACCUCUCCAUACAGCGUUGUUUAUCAAAAACCUCGGCUGUACCCUGGUGAUGUCAUCCAAGAGACGGGACAAGUUAUCCCACCCCUUCAGGAACCAAGCAGGGGUCAUCACCACUAAACAGGCGCUUAUAAUAAUCUCAAUUCCAAAAUAUCAUAAAAUAAACUAUUCCAGUAGUA